CAGCCGCAGGGAGGGAGGGUCGGCUGGGCUGCGUGGUCCUGCACAGCUGCAGCUCCAGCUGGGGCCGGGGAGGCCUGGGCUCUGGGUUCUUCUGCUGAUGCCCCGAGGCUGACAGGUGCGGUCUCCCAGAAGCACAGUGUUCCUGGUUUCCCUCUAUCUCUAACCCAAAGUCCAAGUCCAAGUCCAAGUCCAAGAGUGCAAGACCCAGAAAGAGGUCAAGAUGGGGUUUAUAUUCUCAAAAUCUAUGAAUGAAAAUAUGAAAAUCCAACAGGAGUUCAUGGUUAUGAAUGCUCGACUUCAGCUGGAAAGGCAGCUGACCAUGCAGAACGAGAUGAGGGAAAGACAAAUGGCUAUGCAGAUCGCCUGGUCUCGGGAAUUCCUCAAAUAUUUCGGAACGUUUUUUAGCAUUGCCGCCACCUUGUUAACAACUGGAGCAAUAAAGCGAAAGAAGCCCGCCUUUCUCAUUCCCAUAGUUCCGUUCAGCUUUAUCUUCACCUACCAGUAUGACCUGGGCUACGGAACUCUUCUACAAAGAAUGAAAAGUGAAGCUGAAGACAUACUGGAAACAGAAAAGACUAAGUUGGAGCUGCCAAAAGGAAUGAUCACCUUUGAAAGCCUUGAAAAAGUCAGAAGGGAGCAGAGCAGAUUCUUUGCAGACAAAUGAAGUCACGUGUUCCCUCAAAGCACAUGCUGCGUCUCAAAGCACAGAAUUGUUGGCUUGAAUCACAGUGUUUACAGUUUUUUAAAUCAUCAAGAUUUUGAUACGAUGCUUUUUUAUUUUAGAAUAUUAAAAUUCAAAAUGCAUUUGUUGAACUA